UCAAGCCCUAAUAUCUCUCUCUCUCUCUCUCUCGAUCCCUACCAAUUCCAAAUCGGAUCCCGAAGCUGACGACCAUUCUUUCACUUCUAUCGUCCCUCUUUAAACACGCAAUGCAAUCUCUCGGGUAGAAGGAACAAAACAUUCAAUCAAUCCUCGAACUCAUCAUCAUCUACCUUUUCUUUCUCACCUGCAAGUCUGCACUGCUCACCGAACUCUCUCUCUCUGGGUCUACUCGUCUCCUUCUCAAAACCAUCUCUUUUUGAUCAGUUGAUUAGAGGAUUUUUAUUUUCAAUUUUUGACUCACAUGCUUCGAUAUAGACCUUGUCCGUUCGUUCACGUAUAUAUUGUAUCUCACCUUAAGACCUGACCUUUUUUUUCUUCUUCUUUUCCGUUCCGGGAUUCUUGAGGUGGGAUUGUUCCCGGGAAGUUCGAUAGAAGUAGGGCUGGAUGUUGUUUGUAAAGUCAAAUUAGUUAAGGUCAUCUGGUGGUGACAGCUAGCAGAGCGGCGUAGAUGGCCGCUCCGCCUAGUUCCCGCCUUCAAGCUAUGCUUCAGGCGGCUGUUCAGACGGUGCAAUGGACUUACAGUCUCUUCUGGCAGAUGUGCCCUCAACAAGGGAUUUUAGUAUGGGGAGAUGGGUACUACAAUGGAGCUAUCAAGACUCGGAAGACGAUACAGCCAAUGGAGGUGACGGCGGAGGAGGCCUCACUGCAGAGAAGCCAGCAACUGAGGGAGCUCUACGACUCACUCUCCGCCGGAGAGUCCAACCAGCAAACUCGGAGGCCUUGCGCCGCCCUCUCGCCGGAGGACUUAACGGAAUCCGAGUGGUUCUAUCUCAUGUGUGUCUCCUUCACUUUUCCUCCUGGUGUCGGAUUACCGGGAAAAGCAUAUUCAAAGAGACAACACGUUUGGCUGACUGGGGCCAACGAGGUCGACAGCAAAGUCUUCUCUCGAGCCAUUCUCGCCAAGAGCGCUCGCGUUCAGACCGUAGUGUGUAUUCCCCUACUAGACGGCGUUGUUGAACUCGGCACCACUGAGAGGGUUCAAGAAGAUAUUGGAUUCGUACAAUACGUCAAGAACUUCUUCGUCGACCACCACCCUCCUCAGCCACCCAAGCCGGCGCUCUCCGAGCACUCCACCUCGAAUCCCGCCACCUCAUCCGAGCUUGCUCGGUUCCACUCGUCGCCUCUGUUGCCGGCAAUGUACGCGCCGGUGGACCCUCCGGCCGAUGCCAAUCAAAUGGAGCAGGAGGAAGAAGAGGACGAAGAAGAAGAAGAAGAAGAAGAAGAAGAAGAAGAAGAAGACGACGAGGACGAUGAAGAGGAAGAAGAGCAAGAAGGAGGCGAGUCGGAAUCGGAAGCCAACACAGGUCCCAACAGCCGCCUUUCCGGAGGUCAGAACCCUCACGCUCUUUCCCAGGGCGUCGGCGCGGCAGAGGCUGAGCCUAGUGAGCUGAUGCAACUCGAGAUGUCGGAGGAUAUCCGGUUCGGCUCGCCGGACGACGCCUCAAAUAACUUGGACUCGGAUUUUCAGUUGCUAGCCGCGAGCCAAGCUGGAAACCCAACUGACCAUCAGGGCCGAGCUGACUCUUACCGGGCCGAGUCCACUCGUAGAUGGCCUGUCAUAGUACAUGAUCCUUUGAGCACUACUAGUCUUCAACCGCCAUCUUCAGGAGAGCCUGCACUAGAGAAUUUGACGCACGAGGACACGCACUACUCUCAAACAGUAUCCACCAUUCUCCAACACAUAUCGAGCCGAUGGUCGGAAUCCUCGUCGUCGGCCACCGGCUACCUCAUGUUCUCGUCGCAAUCGGCGUUCUCUAAAUGGACAGGUCGGCCCGCCGACCACCAUUUCCAUGUCCCCAUCGACGGAGCUUCUCAGUGGCUUCUCAAGUCUAUUCUCUUCAGCGUUCCCUUCCUCCACUCCAAGAACCGCGACGACAAUUCUCCGAAAUCGCGCUACACCACCGAUUCAGCCUCUCGGUUCCGGAAGGGCACGCCGCAGGACGAGCUCAGCGCGAAUCACGUCCUCGCCGAGCGACGCCGUAGAGAGAAGCUCAACGAGCGGUUCAUCAUACUGAGAUCGUUGGUGCCAUUCGUGACUAAAAUGGAUAAGGCCUCGAUUUUAGGGGACACGAUUGAGUACGUGAAGCAGCUGCGGAGCAAGAUCCAAGAUCUUGAGGCUAGUGCACGGCAGAUGGAGAUGGAUCAACGGUCACAGAGGACGAACAGUUUGAGUUUGAAGGAGCCGAGGAGUGGAGUCACGGCGGUGACGGAUCGGUCGCGAAGCGGAGGUCCACCAUCCGGAUCGGAUAAAAGGAAGUUGAGGAUUGUGGAGGGGACCGGCGGUGCCGUCAAGCCAAAGGCUGUGAAUUCUCCGUCGCCGCCGCCUCCUCCUCCCCCGCCGCCUCCGCCGCAGCCGGUGCCGGGAGUGACCAAGCAAGUACAGGUGUCGAUAAUCGAGAGCGAUGCGUUGGUGGAGUUGCAGUGUCCGCACAGGGAAGGACUGUUGCUGGAUGUGAUGGUGGUGCUGCGGGAGGUCCGGUUGGAGGUAACCGCCGUCCAAUCGUCGUUGACGAACGGUAUGUUUGUCGCCGAGUUGAGGGCUAAGGUGAGGGAAAAUGUUGGUGGGAAGAAACCAAGUAUUGUGGAGGUGAAGAGGGCGAUACAUCAGAUAAUACAUUAAGACUGACUCUCGACCUGACCGGACUUAUAUUUUCUAGUCAGGUAGAUCUUGUGUAUAUGCAAACUUGUUGAUGAUCUAAAUAGAGAGAAUUCAACUUCAAACCAUUGCCAACCCGCUAGUUGAUUAUUUAACGUAGCUGUCUAUAUUUAUUGUUUAUCGGAUAAACAAGUCUGUAAAUGACCAGCUGUCUGUAGUAAUAAAUAAAUAGGAUUUUAUGCCUGCC